AUGCUCGGCAGGUUAGCUUUGAGUAUCCUUUGCCUGGCUAUGAGUACCAAUGCUGUAGUUGCAGGUAACGUUCGCCUGGCUGGUAGCCGACAUUCUAAUCAGGGUCGUGUUGUAGUUAACUUGAAUGGUCGUUGGGGAACAGUAUGUAGUUCCUACUGGACAAUAACCGAAGCUAAAGUUGUUUGCCGAGAGCUAGGCCUACCGGAAGCGACGGUUGUCCUGCAUGAAGCUGUUUUUUUCCCUACAGGCAAUGCUUUCAUUUCGAUGAUCUUAGAUUAUUGUGUUGGUACCGAGCCCUCUCUUGUUAAUUGUAGCCACACUAUUGCAAUCAACCCCAGCUUUUGUAGUGAAAGGUAUAAAGAAGUAGGCGUGGUGUGUGGAAAAGCCAGAGAUGAAGCAUUUCUAGUCGGAGGAUUAUCUCCAAACCAAGGACGCCUGGAUGUCUUCUUAAAUGGGAGGUACGGUUCAGUCUGUGAUGAUACUUGGACCAUGAAAGAGGGGCAAGUAGUCUGUGGAAUGCUUGGUUAUUCGAAGACAACUCAUGUGGUGAAGAACCACUUUUUUGGCUUCUAUUGGACCUUAUCGAUAGUUAUGGGUAAAGUGAAAUGUCGCGGUAAUGAGUCCUCGCUGUUUGAAUGUUCCUUCGUUGAAGAAAGUGAUUCUUGCGAAACCGCCUCUGUUGGACUUGUUUGUGGUCGGCUAUCAGUCAAGGCUCAACUUGUCGGUGGACGUUCCCCUAACGAAGGUAGAAUCGAAUUAGCAUUCGGGCAAAAGCACAUGGGAAUGCGCAAGCCUUGGACAUUGUUUUCUGAUUCAAACUGGACAAUUGAAGACGCGGCCGUGAUUUGCCGCAUGUUGGGAUAUCAGGACGCCAUGUUUAGUGUGGGUGCCGAUAUGUUUGCUGAAGGCGAUGGAAUGUUCUUCUUGUUGCAAGAUCUUAAUUGCCAUGGAAAUGAGUCCUCGUUGGCAGAUUGUAAUUACAGUGGUUUAAGAGAACACUCCCUGAGUUCGGAGGUCGGCGUCAUUUGUGGAAAACGCAACGAUACCUCCAUUCCACUUCGUCUUGCUGGGGGUCCCUCAUCCAAUCUGGGUAGAGUAGAAUUAAACCUAAAUGGCCACUGGGGCACAGUCUGUCACAACAAAUGGUCACUAAACAACGCUCGUGUUGUCUGUCGCUCUCUUGGUCUUCAAGAAGCAACCAUAGCUACUGUUGGUUCAGUUUUUGGUCCAGGGAAUGGAAGGAUAGUCCUGGACCAUGUAGAAUGUACGGGGAAUGAAAGCUCGUUGCUUGAAUGUCGCCAUGACAAACUUGGCUUCAAAUCUUGUAGUUCUGAGGAGGAAGCUGGGGUUCUUUGUGGAAAACCAGAUGUCCGUUUUCAGUUGACUGGUAAUGGAUCAACGAGGAACCAGGGUGUGGUGAGGGUUAGUCUAAAUGGACUCGAUGGAUCAAUAUGUAACGAAGGAUGGGACACUAAUGAUGCUACUGUACUGUGCAGGACGCUCGGUAUCAGUGAUGUGGGGUAUCCCGUUAACAAUCAAGCAUUUGGACCAGCCAAUGGCGUUACUCUUUUGAGGAACGUCUUCUGUCAUGGCAACGAGACAGAUAUUAUGUUAUGUGAUCGUACCGACAUAGGAACCAAACUGGGCUGUUCCCAUGGCAACGAUGCUGGGGUUAUUUGUGGGCCAACAAAAGCACGUCUUGUUGGUGGACCGACUUGGAAUCACGGGCGUGUCGAAAUAAAUAUUGAAGGAGUCUGGAACCGAGCUGUUUGGGGCGAAAUGCAUGACGGGACUGUACCAGAGGUUAUCUGCAAAAUGAUUGGUCUGCCAGUUACGGGGUAUUCAGUAUCAAUUGCAUUGUAUAGCACAAAUAGUACUGAUUCAAGUUUUGUUUCUGAUAUAAAGUGCUAUAAGACUAAGGCAAAGUCAAUCUUGGAGUGUCCCUUUAAGUACAGAAAAAGGAUCGCUUCCCCCAAAGACUAUCAAGUGACCUGUGGACCUCCAACAGGCAAUGCUUCGAUUCUCAACGUUACCUCCAAUACAAGUUACAUAUCUCAGCCAGAAAAUGCACUGGAUGAUGACCCAGACACAUGUUCCUUUGUAAAUACGAAGCAGGAAACAUUUCUCACAGUUACGCUAGACAAAGAUGUAUAUAUCCACAGUGUGUUUGUUAUCGUGCACAAUCAAAAGUCUGUGUUCGAAGUCAUCGUCCAACCAAUACGAAUAAUAGACAAAAGCAUUUCAUGUACAAGUGCCAGUAAGUUUAAGACCAAACAAGGCCAAAUCUUCAAAUGCAGUCCUCCAACACUUGCAAUUGAAGUGAGAAUUAAAGUAAUCUCAACGAAUGCAACGUUUGGACUUUGCAAUGUUGAUGUCUUUGUUUUUGAAAAUACUACACAAUCCCAAGGUAGCUUGCAUGAAAGCUGGCGUAACUAUGUCGAUAUAAGACAGGGUUACCUCAUGAAGUACAAUUCACGUUUUGCUGACGAGGCCUAUGCUGUUUACACAACAAAGGACUUUGAAAUGAAACAAAUCAGUAAUGGAAUUGAGCAAGGAAGACGAGUAUCUGCCUUCUUCACGAUACCUUCGUCAGGAAGUCAAAAGUUUAACAUUCUGGUCAGUUGUGAUGAUAAGUGUGAGUUAUGGCUUAGACAAGAGGCCGAGGAAGGGCUGGACAAGGAAGCUACGUCAUUGGAUUACGUCAUUAAGACGUGGUUUAAAACCAAUCCAAACGUGUAUAACAAACAUGAUAACCAGAGGUCUAAAACACUUUCCCUGAGCCACUGUCAUAUGUACUACUUGGAAGGCUACCUCGAGGCAAACAGAGAAUACCAGCAUAUGAAUGUGAAAUUGCAACCAGAAGGAAGCAACGUGCAUGAAAACCUUCCGAAACACUUGCUAUUUUGGACCUUGCCAGGAAAGCGGAGUCUCCAUUUCAAGCUAUCCAGCACAAUAAAUGGAAUUAUAUAUGCUCGUUUUAGGUCGUCUUUUACUCUCCAAGCUAGCUACAGUUUCUGCUGUCAAGGUCUGUUUUGUCCUACCUGUCCCAUGAAGCUCAUUAUCAGGGUUGGGUUAUCACAAGGUACAGAACUUGUACAGUCACUUCCCAUGGACUGUUUAACACAUCGAUUUUCUGGAGAUCUUUACUUUGAUAUCCAACCAGACAGCUACGAAUUAGCGAUCGAGUACUCUUUUGUGGGAGAUACAACCAAGUGGAGUCAUCGACGAAAAGUGGGAACUUUAGUAGUGACAGAGAAUAUUCUUGCAAACUGUAGCUUUUUGAAUGGCCUGUGUCCCGGGUGGAAAGUGGAUGGUAAUCAAUCAAUGGGCUUAUGGACACCUCAAAAAGAUUUUGGAAUUCAAAUGAAAUCACCAGGGACUUCCAUACUACAAUCGCCGUUAUUGCAACACAAUUAUACUUCUAUCAAGUUCUGCUUAAAGUUUGCUUAUAAAUUACCUACAAAUGACACCAGCUUUAUCAAAAUCACUAAUCCAAAUGAGAGGACUUCUACAGCAAUUUGGUACCUCAACGGUUUCCAUGGAAACAACUGGAAUCAAGCCGAAGUGCCAUUGGUCGAACUAAACAAUAGCAAGGUUAUUUUCACUGGUUUCAAGUCUAACAACAGCUCGUUCAUUGCAAUUCGUAAUGUUCAAAUCUCGACACAGAUUUGUGAUCUAACACCUCAUUACGCUAGUCGUGGUGAGUAUAUUGGUUGUACAGCUAAUGAGACAUAUAUAUGCUGCGCAUAUUUCAAAUGCAGUAAAGCACAAUUCAAAUGUUCAAAUGGUGAAUGUGUUUCGCAAGCGUCACGCUGUAACGGCGUUUAUGAUGGAUGUCGUGACGGAUCUGACGAAGUAGACUGUAAUUGUUUGUCCAAUCAGUUUCGGUGUACUGAUGAAUGUGUCACGGUAGACAAGGUUUGUGAUGGCCGACAGGAUUGCUGGGAUGGUGCAGAUGAAAAAUACUGCCAUAACAGAGAUAAAGUAUGCAAAGAAGUAACGUGCUUUGAUGGAAGCUGCAAUACAUGGUCAGGGGCAUGUCAAUGCUUGGGAUGCAAGAACUCAGGUAAACUAGAGAUUCAAUACCAUGUUUACAAUGAGAAGAUAAUGAUAGCGUUAUUUGCGUAUUCCACCUUAUGGGCCCCAUCUUUUAGGGAAUCGUCAUACAAGUUCAUUAGUCAAAUUAAGUGCUAUUUACUUGCAUGUACGCUAAACAACGCACGUAUUCGCGUAUAA